UAUUAGCAAGACAAACAAAAUCUAUUUAUGUUAUUGUUCAGUUCGUUACUUAAAUACUUUGUUUAUUACUAUCCGACUAGCGAAGUUAUCGGCUUUUUUAUAUAAGCACAGUCGUUAGCCUGGUGAAGAAUUGUGAAAAUUAUUAGCUAAGGUAACGUUACACAACUGAGUGGCCUGACAUGUAGAAGUGCCGUGAAUCUGCCUGCAUCGACCCAACAGGGCAGUGUGACAUCUGACACCCCUUUCUAUACACCGACAUCAAUGGAACAGCAGGACUGUAUAUUAGCUCACAAAUACCUGAUCACAGGUGGUGGAGGUUACUUUGGAUACCGCCUUGCUUGUGCACUACACAGAAAGGGCGCCAGAGUCAUUCUGUUCGAUGUACGACCACCAAACCAGCCGAUGCCUGAAGGCAUGGUGUUCAAGCAGGGGGACGUCCGUGAGUUUGCGCAGGUGGAGGAGGCCACUCGAGGAGUGGGCUGUGUCUUCCACGUCGCCUCCUACGGCAUGUCCGGGAGGGAGCAACUCAACCGGGGUCUGAUCGAGGAGGUGAACAUUCGGGGGACGGAGCACGUGAUCACGGCUUGCGUGGCCAACGGUGUGCCCAGGCUGGUCUACACGAGCACCUUCAACGUCGUUUUUGGUGGCCAGGUCAUAGAGAACGGUGACGAGAGCCUCCCGUACCUGCCCCUGCACCUCCACCCUGACCACUACUCCAGGACGAAAUCGCAGGCCGAGAUGGCCGUGCUGAAGGCGAACGCCGCCAGGUUGCAGGACGGGUCGGGCCUCUUAAGAACCUGCGCUCUGCGUCCGGCCGGCAUCUAUGGGCCCGGGGAACAGAGGCACCUGCCAAGAAUCGUGGGCUAUAUCGAGAAGGGGAUUUUUAAGUUUGUGUACGGAGAGGCCAGCAGCCGAGUGGAGUUUGUCCAUGUGGAUAACCUGGUUUCUGCACACGAGCGAGCGGCCGCUGCCCUGAGCCCUGAGAAGCACCACCGCGCUGCCGGGCAGGCCUACUUCAUAUCGGACGGCAGGCCGGUCAACAACUUUGAGUUCUUCAGGCCGCUCGUGGAGGGCUUGGGUUACUCCUUCCCAAAAGUGCGCCUGCCCGUUUCCCUGAUUUACCUCGUUGCGUUUCUCACCGAGAUGGUUCACUGCAUCGUAGGCCACGUCUACAACUUCCAGCCUCUGCUCACGCGCACCGAGGUCUACAAGACGGGAGUUACACAUUACUUCAGCUUAGAAAAAGCAAAACAAGAGUUAGGAUACGAGCCCAAGGAAUACAACCUGGAUGAAGUUGUCCAGUGGUUUAAAAGUAAAGGCCAUGGGAGAAAGCCUCCUGGCUUUUCCUAUAAAUCAUUGAUUAGAGAUACUUUGCUAAUUAUUGCAUUUGUUGCUGCAGUCCUCUCUUGCCUUCCAGUGGUUGGCACAUCAUUUCCAGAUAUACCAUGAAAAUGAUUGACUAAUUUUCAACAUUGUAAAUCUACGAUGGUACGUUUGAUGUAUAGUAGUAAAUGGUUGUUCUAAAAUUAUAGUGCCUUUUGGAAGUUUUCAUUUAGGAUUAUUUCUCAUUUUUCACGGUUGAAAAGUCAAAUUAAGAUACACUCGGUGACCUCUUUAUUAGGUAGACCUGUACACGAGCUUGUUAAUGCAAAUAUUUAAUCAGCCAAUCAUGUGGCAGAAACUAAGUGCAUAAAAGCGUGCAGAUGUGGUCAAGAGGUUCAGCUGUUUUCCAGACCAAAUAUCAGAAUGUUGAAAAAUGUGAUGUAAGUGACUUUGACUGUGGAAUAACUGUUUGUGCCAGAUCAGUGUGGCCAGUUUGAGUAUCUCAGAAUCUCAGCUCUCUUGGGAUUUUCACACACAACAGUCUGCAGAGAAUGGUGCAAAAAAACAAACAAAAAUACAGCGAGCAGCAGUUCUGCAGGCAGCCUUGUUAAUGAGAGAGGUCAGAGGAGAAGGGCCAGACUGGUCAAAGCUGCCAGGAAGGUGAGAGUAACGCGAAUAAUCACACAUUACAACAGCGGUAUGCAGAACAGCAUUUCCUCCCCCUUUCUUCAUAAGUAACUCUGUAUGAUGUCAAAAUAAAAAAAGGUAUUUAGA